AUGCCAUCUAUCAGGGUCAAAGGGCGGGCGUACACCGCGCUCGACGAUGUUUUCCCUGAACUCAAUGUUCACCCUCCCGACUCUGGGACUUCUCAGGACGCGAACCCGAGGUCCUCCCAACUCCAACCUCGCCUUUCGCUUCCGUUCUUACGGCAGACCGAUGCACAAACCAUUACAUCCUCCACAUCCCCGGGCCUUACAUCUCCUGGACGGCGGCGCUCGUCGACCACAACAAGUCUGAUACAUGCACACUGCACUCGUUCACCGAGGCUCUCCCAGUUCCGGAACUCUCAGCUUGGAGAAGAAGAUAGCCCUCUAUCGCCUCUCCGCUCCUCGCCAGAUGGCAUUUCACCGUCCCAGCCAUACCCUGGCGUCGGGGAGAUGCUGACAAUUGGUGGUCAACAAGCGGACAUCCGUAUAGCCUCUAGUGGAGAGCCCGGACUAGUCGAAAGUUCCAUCAACCUUCCCCAUCCCGCCGACGCGAGGAGCGAAGAACAUUACUUCAGUGACCACCACCACGACGAUGUAGUCGAGCAUUUGGAUGUUAUCGACUCUCAGGUUGGCGCUUUUGCGAGUCUCACCAACGCUGCAAAUUCAAUUGUGAUACCACCCUCGUCUUGGUAUUCACGACGGCCUGUUGUUGUUCUUCCUACAGUGCCUCGCCGCAGCGAUGGCGGUGAAGACAGCGAACAGUUUGAGGAUUCGCUGGAUCGUCACGUCGAUGAUGUCCUGAAACGACCCUCCAAAGUCCGGCGUACUCUUAUGGGCGUCUGGUCAUUUUUGAAAACUCCUAUGGGUAUAAUUACCGGGAUCUAUGGUUUCUUAGUCGUAUUCUGGGGCGCCGCCAUUGUGAUAUUCUUAGCCAAAAUCAUCGACUUCCACAACGCCAACACACAAGGAUUUUGGGUGGAGGUUUCGUCCCAGGUUGAAACAGGUCUUUUUACCGUCACCAGCAUUGGACUUAUACCCUACCGCGUUUUAGACACCUACCGGAUUUGGAAAAUAUGGCGUUAUAAACGCAAGACGAUGAAACUCAGGGAGAAGGCCGGACUUCCGCAAUUGUUCGACGUUGAUGAUCUCCCGGACCCCGUAUACGACCCUAAUUACGUACACGUGCUGACGGAGGAGGAACAACGCGAUCUACACCGCCAGCAAAGGAAGUUCCAGUACUCUCAGACUUGGUACAGAGCACAUGGGACAGAAACACACAGAGCCUUUCCUAUCAGCAUGGCCCUCUGGAUUUGUUUCCUCAAUGACGGUAAUUCUAUUUUCCAGAUAUUCCUGUGUGGCACAAUGUGGGGGAUGAAUCGAUUCCAACGUCCGGCGUGGACUACAGGCCUUCUAAUCCCUGCCAGCUUCCUGUGUGGCAUUGGUGCAGCCGUCGUCAUCUGGAGAGGAGGCGAGCGAACAAAGCGGGUAGAAGAGGUCAAGGAGAGGUUACGAGCAGCGCUCGCCGAAAGACGUCCAACGAAGGAUGGCCAGUUGCCUCAGAGCUUCAGUCGCAAUCCGAAACCAACAUCCGCCUCACAGACGCCAAUGCUAGACGCCAUCGACGAAAAGACACGGACACAGACAAUUGACACAGCUACGACUAUAGAUGAACACAUGUCGGUCCCGCCAGCGGGCCAACUCAAAGAACAUUCCUAA